AUGGCGGAAUUCAUCUCACCAUCUCCUUCAUCGCAAACCUCUCCGGCCUUCGCCGCUGCACACUCUCGCGCUCGGCCUUCCCUCUCCAUUGACAUCACCAGCCUUCCUCCUCUCUCUCAACCGACACCACCUUCCAAUACUCUCAUCAUCACCGAGCUCAAUGACCUCGUUCUCUUCCAGCCGUCCUCUCUGGAAUCCAUCCGCAAUCAGAUCACCGUGGUCGCUCGGUUGAACUCCUUCUCCCCACUACCCUCAUUCCGUCGCAUUAUCUGCUCCUUCCACUCCGAUGAGGAUGCCAUUGCCGUCCGCAAGAUGCUCGAGGGUACUCGCCUGUUAAACCGCAACGUGCGCCCUCGUAUCUACUUUGGUGAACCCACGCCCAUCCUGAGCCAAGAGGAGACCCAGCGCAAACAGCUGCUGGAGGCGCCUCAACUCGACAAGCUCUUCUUCAUUUCGCCUCCUCCCAGUCCCCCUCACGGCUGGCAGAUGCGCAAUGAGGACCCUCCCAACAAGGAGGUUCAUGCCAGUGAUCUGGCGACUGCUCUCGCCAAUCUCAGAACAGAUCCCUCCUCCGAUUCGAUGAAUGUCGAUCCUGCGACUCCGGUUUCCAUCAGCUUCGAUCAGCGUACGGGGAGCUUUCCGAUGGCCGGAGCGCCACAGCAACAGCGCAGCCGAAGUAGCACUAUCAUCUUCCAUCCCGAGGACCACGGCCACAGCCCCAAUCUUCCUGCUGUGAUGGUGGAAGACACAAGUCUGCCCGUGGACGAGGACAUGGAUAUGGAGCUGGACGCCCAGUGGAGUCCAGUGGAGAUGUUCAUCAACAAGACGCCUCCCAAGACAGCUCGGCCUCCUGUGGAGCUGAUGCAUUAG